GACACUCUCGCAAGUUUCAGGAGGCAUGUUCAGAGUUCCUAAGUUGGAUGGAAAAGACGUGGGAAGUGGGUCUAUUGAUGCUGGGCGCUGUCUCCAAUAAAGAUAAUCGCUUGGAAGGCACAAAGCCUGUAGGGGGCCAUGUCUGGCAGCUCAAACAACAGUUGGACAAUUGUCACUCCUGAGGAGACGGCUGCAGCUGAAACCCUGAGGCCUCUCGCUGAAGGAACAGAGCGCCAGGAUGAACCCAGUGCACCCACUCAGGGUUUGGGUGCAGAGACGUCAGAUGGUUCACAUGGUUUAUCUGAAGAGGAUCACCCAGACCAGACGUCAGAAGAACCUGUAGCUAAACCAAAUGAAGACAGCGACGCUACUGCCCUCCCCUCCUCUGCUCCAUCAGAAAGCAGCAGUGUCCCAGAGCCGCAGACAGAGGGCGCUCCAGUGGACUCGGGACAGUCCAGCACAGAGCCAGAGUCCUUCUCUGACUCCUACUCCCACCUCAGCCCCUCUGCAGACGAGACCCCUGCUCCCCCCCUGAACGCUGAGACUCUGGGGUAUCUGGACUCAGGGCAGGAGGAGCCAGAAGAGGAGGCCAGGGAGCAGAAGGAGCCAGAGGAGGAGUUAAAGGAGGAGUCACAGCAACUGAGUCCCCUAGAAACACCACAAGAUCCCACUGAACCAGCCCCAGAGACAGAGCCGGAGCUGAGGAGGAGGAGGUUAGAGGCUCUGGAGAAGAUCGGCCAACGUGACGAGGAAGAGGAAGCAGAGGAAGACUUUCAGCUACCCCAGAGAGAUGAGGACUCCGGCAUCACCCUGAACAAGUGCAUUCUGGGAGCUGUUAUUUUGCUGGGCCUCGGCACUAUUUUUAUGUCAGGUGUGCUCAUGGACCUGGAUGAGGAAAGUGACUAUCCUCCUGUAGAGCUGAAGGAAUCUGAGUCAUCUGAAAAACAGGAGUGGCUUAACCCGGAUAUUUCUCGACCUGGAGGAGAAGCUGAACUCUUAGACAAAUUAACUAAAGGGAAUGAGCAGAUAGAAAUGUUACAAGAACAACAUCAGUCUCAGAACGAGGAGCUAAAAUUGGCCAAGGCACAAUCAGCAGAGGGCAGCACUGAGCGGCUUCAACAGGAGGAGGUGCAACAGGAAAACAGUAGGUUAAAGAGACACAUGGAGGGUGUCCCUGAACUUCAGAAAGCACUGGAGAAGAUGACGACAGAGCUGAAGUCUGUGUCAAUGCUACAGAAAGACGUAGAGACUCUGAAGUCCACUUUGAACCACUUAAAGCUCUAUGCAGCAGCGGCUACAGCUCCCCUUAGUGGACAAAUGGAGAACCACAGUCACAAGCCAGGAGACCAUCAGAUGCACAAGAAGGACAAGUAUGACAGAGGUGUUAAAAAAGACUGGAAAGAUGGAGAGAAAUCUGAGUCAAAAAAAGAGAAAAAGCAACGCAAAGAUGGAGGGAAGACAGAGGGCAAGGAAAAAGAGUGGAAAAAAGAUAAAUCUGAAGGUGGAGGAUUUGAAAAGAGAUAUAAGGAAGAUAAGCACGCAAAGCAGAAAGAUGAGGUGAAAGAGUGGAAGACAAAGCAGAAAGAUGAGGCGAAAGAGUGGAAGACAAAGCAGAAAGAUGAGGCGAAAGAGUGGAAGACAAAGCAGAAAGAUGAGGCGAAAGAGUGGAAGACAAAGCAGAAAGAUGAGGCGAAAGAGUGGAAGAAAGACAAGUCAAACAGAGGGGAUGAAGGGAAGCCGUGGAAGGAAAAGAAAGAAAAGAAAGAGUGGACUUACGAAGGUGAUAAAAAGCACAAACAUGAUCAAGUUAAAGAAGGGAGGAGUAAAGAAAGCAAGUACUCUCAGGAAACGCACAAAGGGCCUGGAGACAAGCACUGGAAAAAGGGAAGAGAUGACUAUAAAGAAGAAAAGGAUAAGUACGAGAAAAAGCACUGGAAAGGGAGGGAUGAAUAUGAAAGUCGAAAUAGAAAAGACGACGGCGAGAGGAGAGAAAAGGGCAAAGAGAAAAAAUGGGCAAAGGAUGAGAAGAAGCAGUGGAAGAACGAAGACAAGGAGAAGAAAAGAGUAGAGUUUAAAGAAAAAAAGCAUCAAAAGGAAUGGGAGGAAGGUCAUUUUGAGAAGUAUAAUAAACAUAAAAGUAGUGAGGAUAAGGAUCAUACGUGGAACGAUAAGAAGCCCAAACCCAAAGUGGGACAACCGGAAUACUGGUCCCGUCAAAGAGAGCGCCUCCAACACAGCUCAAAACCUCAACACCCCUGCGAUUCCCCGGACACCUGCGCCCAAGCCGAAGGGGUGCAACCAGUUCUUCUCUCGGAAUUUGAAUCAAUCCUAAAGAAUUACUUGUCGAAAGCGGAAAAAGCGGGAGUGGAGCCCUCGCACAUUGCUGAACUGCAAAAGUUAGCCACGGAAAUGUUUCAAAAUGGCGUCUUUCCGCACGAUCAGAUGAGUUUUCAGGAUUACGUGGAGGAUGUAGGGGAUAUUUUGGAAGAUCUAGUCGAGGGAGAAGAUGGAAGUGAAGAGGAGGAGGAUAGUGCCAUAGAGGAUGAGAUGGAGGGAUUUGAAAUGGAGGUGAUGGAGAAGUUUAUGUUGCCGGGCAAGAAGGAGGGAGUCAAGGCGGAGUUUGGGAAGGAAAGCGGGAGAGGACGUGGGUGAAGCGGACACUGCAGAAAAUGAGUAUCUAUUAAGAGUUAAAAUGACUUAACUUCUGAACAUUAUUAUUAUUAUUAUAAGCAGAUAUAAAGGUGCACUGUGUAACUUUUUCUGGUGGGGGUUCAAGCAGGAAACGCCACUAAGCUUCAUUAAGUCACAGAUGACAGCUCACAAUGACAAUGUGUGUUUUUAAGGGAUUUCUUGGCAAUAAAAAUAUUUGUAAUUGAGUACUGCACAUGCUAAUGAGAAGUUUAACUAUGGAACAUUUUUGGUAAUUCGAUAACAUCUCUAUGGAAACAAGCAAGUGGUCGACCCCUCACCAAAAAAGUUACACCUUUUAUGCAGCUUUUACCUUUUUGAACUAAUAAAACCUAGAAACGAUUUUGAUGUUUCUAGCUGGUUUCAAGAAAAAUUUACUUGAAAUAAGAAGUUAACUCAUCAAUAAAGUAAAGGUUAUUUUGUUUACACGUUGGAAAUUCUGUUACUUAAUUUAAAAAAUGCGUUAAAAUCCUGAUUUGGGUCCAUUUAGUAAGUAAAUCUGCGCUUGUCCAAAUGGCAAAAAGUGAAAUAUUUAGCUAAAGUCAUUUUAUCUCCUGGUAGAUAAUCAUUUUUGCAUUGAAGGAAGUGAGCAGUCUGGUGCAGGAAGCAGAGCCGGGCCUGACAGAGGAGAGGUGAUUCAAAAGGGAACACUUAAUAAUGGACCAUGAAUACCACAAACACGUUAACAGGAUGACCUCUUUAUUUUACCUCUUCCUGCUGCACCAGUGUCGUGUCAUUUCUGUUUUUCUGUGUUGCAAAGUUUACUGCAUACCAACCUAGUAAGACUCAACAAACCGCGGACCACGUCGGCUUACAAUUCUUCUGACAAUUAUGGUACUUUGUGUUUUAAAAUCAAUAUUUAGUUCACGGUGUGUACUCUAAACGCAUCUAGGCAUUCACAUUUGAGAAAAGACGGAAAUACGAUGUGCUAAACAAGAAUCCCAUUUAUUUCAGAACAUGUUUGUAGAGGUUCAGACUACAGAAUUAGCAGGUUUCAUGUUUCAGGUUUCACAUACAUGACAUGAUGUUUUGACAUUAUUGUACUUAAAUAAUUGAAGUUUUUGUGAUUUGCUAAUUCAAGAUUCAGUUGUGAUUACUGCUACAGUCCGAACACAGAAACAUAAUCCUCACUCUAAGAACCGAAAAAGUUCUUCCCACACCUGGGUAUUUAUUUUGGCCCACACAUCUGUAAAGUAGACAUUUCCUGUUUCUAUUUUUCUGUACCUGUUUUACUCGAUUCUUUUCCCUUUGACUUAAUUCUCAGUUCUCCCACACUGUUCAACUGCUGUUAAGGGUAAUGACUUAUGUUGUAUAAAUCUGCAACCACUUUCCAUGUAAAGGUGCACUGUGUAACUUUUCUAAUGCAGCGUACACUCUCUGCUUGUUUCUGUUGGAAAUGUUAACGCUUUCCCUAGAAUGUCCCACUGCAUGGCAUUAAAUUAUCUAUCUCACAUUUGUUCAAUUGCAGGUGAAAGAUGUUGCUUUUUCUCCAGAUUUGACCUUUAUCUUGGCCUGUUGGUGUCAGAUUAAUGCCAUACUGUGGAACAUCCCAGGCAAACCAAAGACACAAGCAGGUAGCAGACCCUCCAACAUAAAUAUUACACAGUGUACCUUUUUAAUGGUGUAGUGUUUAUAGUCAUUACAUAAUUAUAAUAUUUUUGUUUUGUACAUAUGGCUUAAGACCGUGACUGUGCUAACUUGUUCUAUUUAACUUAUUUUUAGAUUUUAUGGCACGUUUAAACAGGUUUACUUAAAAAGAGCACAUAAUAAUAAUGUGUUGAGCAUGUACAGUUUUUUUUUCAGGUACUUCUGUGCACUAAAAAACCUGUAUGCUGUGCACUAGAAUGUCUUUAAUGAUUUCAUAUGAAGUCUCGUUGGACAAGUAGCUCACUGUUUUUGUUUGUUUUGGGUUUACUGUUGAAGUGACAUGUGAGGGAGCGACACAUACGGCAGCGUAAAAAUGUAUUUGUUAGACUUUUUUGAACAGCGGUGUUAAUAAAUGAGAAGA